AUGAAUUUUUCACAAUUUUUACGAUCAAACAGCAACAACAAUAACCCGAAUAAUACUAAUAAUAACAAUAUUCCAAAUUUUUCGACUUUGGCAGAUAUUGAUCAGCAACAUGAUGAUGAGACAAUGACGGAUGAUCAACAAAAAGAAAUGGAAAAUAUAAUGCAACCAUCCAUUCCUUUCCGAAUGUUUACGGAACAGGAACAAACCGGCCAAGUGCCUUCUCAACGUUCUCAAAUUGCUCUGGUAGCUUGUCCGCCUAGACAUUCUCUGUUCUGUCUGGGAGGAGUCGUGGACAAGCCUUCAAACCCAGGCAGUGUGUUACAAGUUUAUGAAUUUGAUCUGAGAACUGGAGUUUGGAAGCAACAUUUAGAUGGCACACCAAAUGAGUCCACUACAUCAUCCCGAGUGAAAGUUGCAAAUUUAUGGUCUUUAAAAGCAUGUUACCGAAGAGCUGAUCAUCAUAUCUGGUGUUUUGGUGGAAAUACCGAGUCGACCUUGAGUUCGUUUAUGAUUCGAGAUAAUAUUGCUCCAUAUGGAGUAUUUUGUUUAGAUUUAAACACAUUUAAAUGGAAAACCAAGUUAGAUAGAAUUGGAAAAUUAAAUUGGAGAAGAGCCACAAAGACGGAUGGAUAUCCAUUUCGUCUCCCUGAAAACCAAACAACAGCCUCAAAACUUGGAGAAAAACGUUAUGGUCAUGCCAUGGAAAUGAUGAAUGAUCAGUCAAAAUUUAUUGUUUUUGGUGGUGAUAAUGGUAGUGGAUUGGAAUUGAACGAUCUCAUAGAGUUUGAUUUUAGAGAUUUGUUGUGGAGACCGGUAGAGGUUGUUGCAGGUAAAGCACCGCUGAUGAGACAUGUUCUAUGCUCCGCCAUAACUAAUUCAGACAAGUUUUUCAUAUUUGGUGGACGAUGUUUGGUGCUGAAUGCUGCUGACACAUCACUACAAAGCUUGGCAUACUUUGAUUUUACCUGCAAGACAUGGUUCAACAUUGAGAUUAAUUACACCUUUCCAUCUGCCCGGUUUGCAUUGGCAUUUUCUGCUUUUCAAGCUUAUGGAAAGCCAAAUCUAAUAUCAAAACAUAGCGACGUUCAUCAUAACUAUGAAUCCUAUUACGAAUAUUUGUGUAUGCACGGCGGAAGAAAUGAUGGUCAUAGAUUUAAUGACACAUAUAUUUACAACAUUGAAGAAGAAAGGUGGAUCUCAUGUAAGCUCGUGGAUGAUUCCAUUGGCAUUGCUGAAACUUUGCUUGAACAAGAGAAAAACAUGCAAAUCAUUACCUUGUCGAAAGAGAGAAAAAUGAAACGAAAAGAAUUGUCCUCCAAAGAAAUUAUUUAUCGAGGUGGCAAUAUUGGACAAUGUAUUUCCUAUAAUGAUAUCAACUUUAAGAGUUCAAGCUUGUUUUAUGAUUACAGUUUGGGAAUGACCACUUUUUCAAUGCCUAUGGUUAGUCAAUAUCCAACUCUUUCUCUUAAAUUCAUUAAUUUUGGAGGAAAAACAGGAUUUGAUACUUACACGGUCUAUGAUUCCUCUCUCCUUACUUUUGAUCUUACAUUUUUCAACUACCAAAAUGAUCCUUCUCUGUUAGUAGAUCCCACUAAAAGUGCUUCCACAGACGCAUGCUUGGAAGAGCUCUCUGUAAAAUUGUGGGCUCAAAAACAGUUUAAAGAUUACUCGAUCGUAGAUGAUAGUAACCAUGCUAUUGAUUGUCAUCGUCUUGUCCUCGUGAAAAACAAUUACUUUAACAAGAUGAUUCAAUCACAUCAAUACACGACAGAUUUGAAAGCAGACCAUUUAGAUCUCAUACUCAAGUUUUGCUAUGGUAUUGAACUCACUCCAAGAGAUGCUAGUUUAUCUUAUCACGUUCAUCCCACGUUAGAUUUUGAUUUAAAGGACAAGUCCAUGAUUGAUUUUAUUGAUCUUUAUUCAGUGGUCUUUGACAUCCAAUUUCUUGAAUUACUUGAUUAUCUUAGAAAAUUAUUAACUGUUACAAUGACCAUUGAAAUGGCUAUUAAGAUGUUCAAGGAGCUUUGUACCCUUCUCCAGAGCAAGGCUACAGAGCCUCUAAACGAAUUAAUUGGAUUUUGUGCGGAUUAUUUACGUUUUACUGUGUUACCAGAAAUGGAAAUUCUUCGAGAUCAUGAACUGGAAAUAUUCCUUAGCUCAAACAACUUUUCAUUGCAAGAAGGUUCCUUAUUCCAUUCUUUAAUAUCAUCUUCUGUUCCUCCAUCCUUUAACUUUAAGAGUUAUGUGAAGAAGAGAGUCAUGCUUGCACGUGAAUACAUGCAUUUGAACUUGAUUGCCCUCAUGUCUCAUCCAGAAGAUAUCAAACUUACUACAUUUUCCAAUAUUGUAGUACGUUUGGAUGAUGAAGCUAGUUUCGAAAUUGUAGCACCAUCCGCAUUACUCUCUCUACGAUUUGAUUAUUUCAAUAAUUUAAUUUUUAACAAACUUUUUUCAGAAUACCAAUCCGACAUUGAACUACCCAUGGAAGUGUUUUAUCAACCACAUGCCAUCCAUCCUUUACUUAAUGUGGCAGUUGUUUUAUAUUAUGCCUAUACGAACGAUGUGGCUUUGGAAAAGGUAUUGGCAUGCAAACAUGUAUUUCCAACACAAAAGAAUGGAUGUAUUCAUUCUGAACAAGUCAUCAGCCACCAUGACGAGAAACCACACACACUAAAAUCUCCUCAACAAGUAGAAGAAAUUACCCAAGAUAUCCUCAUUCAGUACAUUAUUGACAUUUAUUCAUUGGCAGACUUUUUGGCAUCUCUCUCCAUGAAAGAAAGUAUUUUGAAAUAUGUACGAAGAUUGAUUGCUACUGAAAAACUUGGAGUCGAAAAAGUGACAAGUAUUUCUCAAGAACUUGCAUCAGAUGAAAUUACCAAUGAUUUAUUAAGCGAGAUUUCAGAAAUGUUUCGUGAUUGCGCUGAUGACUAUAGCUCUCUACAGAAACAAGAAGAACGAAAAGCGAAACUUUUUGUCAAGCCACCUCUUGAAACUCUAGAUAUUGAGUAUUUUGAAGAAGAAGAAGAAUAG